CCCCCUCCGCCCCGUUACCCUACUGACUGAGGACCCGGUGGGCUGCCGGGGGCCGGCGGCGACCAUGACCCAGGCAGAGAAGGGAGACCCGGAGAACGGGAAGGAAAAGGGCGGCGAGAAGGAGAAGGAGCAGCGCGGCGUGAAGCGGCCCAUCGUGCCCGCGCUGGUGCCCGAGUCCCUGCAGGAGCAAAUACAAAGCAACUUCAUCGUUGUGAUCCACCCGGGCUCCACCACGCUGAGAAUGGGGCGCGCCACAGAUACCCUCCCGGUCAGCGUCCCCCACGUCAUAGCACGGAGGCACAAGCAGCAAGGCCAGCCCACGUACAAGGACAGCUGGCUGCUCCGGGAAGGCCUCAAUAAGCCUGAAAGUACUGAGCAGAGACAAAAUGGCCUUAAAAUGGUGGACCAGGCGAUAUGGUCCAAAAAGAUGUCCAACGGUGCAAGAAGGAUCCCAGUGUCCCCGGACCAGGCUCGAUCCUACAACAAGCAGAUGCGGCCUGCAAUUCUAGAUCACUGCUCUGGAAAUAAGUGGACAAACACAUCUCAUCACCCUGAGUAUCUAGUAGGAGAGGAGGCUUUGUAUGUUAAUCCAUUGGACUGUUACAAUAUUCACUGGCCCAUCCGCAGAGGUCAGUUGAAUAUUCACCCUGGACCUGGGGGCUCCCUUACUGCCAUCCUGGCAGAUCUGGAAGCAAUAUGGUCACAUGUGAUACAGAAAUAUUUGGAGAUCCCCCUGAAAGACCUGAAGUAUUACAGGUGCAUCUUGUUAAUUCCUGACAUUUACAACAAGCAGCAUGUGAAGGAAGUGGUGAAUAUGACCCUCAUGAAGAUGGGUUUCUCAGGCAUCGUGGUCCAUCAGGAGUCUGUGUGUGCCACUUUUGGGAGCGGCCUGGGCAGCGCGUGCAUCGUAGAUGUUGGGGACCAGAAGACCAGUGUGUGCUGUGUGGAAGAUGGAGUUUCCCAUCGAAACACUCGGCUUUGUCUCGCCUACGGAGGAUCCGACGUCUCGCGGUGUUUUUACUGGCUCAUGCAGCGAGCUGGGUUCCCUUAUAGAGACUGCCAGUUAACAAACAAAAUGGACUGCCUCCUCCUGCAGCACCUCAAGGAAACCUUUUGUCAUCUGGACCAGGACAUCUCUGGCCUCCAAGAUCACGAGUUUCAGAUUCGACACCCUGAUUCCCCGGCUUUGCUUUACCAGUUUCGGCUUGGGGAUGAGAAGUUACAGGCUCCAAUGGCUCUGUUUUACCCUGCGACUUUUGGCAUCGUCGGCCAGAAGAUGACAACGCUGCCCCAGAGAUCGCAGGGCGACCCCGAGGACCCUCAUGACGAGCAUUACCUGUUAGCCACGCAGAGCAAGCAGGAGCAGUCGUCCAAAGCGACUGCUGACCGCAAGUCCAUGGCCAAACCCGGUGGAUUCGACAGUGACCUGCGGGCUCAGUCUUCAGACAUGCCGGAAAGGCUCCAUCCCCAGGAAGUGGAGUUGGGGCCAUCUCAGAGCGACUGCCUGAUGGCGGGCAAUGAGUCCGAGGAAGCGCCCACCGCCAUGAUGUCCAGGAAAACCGCCGUCUCCCAGUUUGAAGGGAAAGCCCUGGGCCUGGACAAGGCCAUCUUGCACAGCAUUGACUGCUGCGCCUCAGAUGAUACGAAAAAAAAGAUGUACAGCUCCAUCCUGGUGGUGGGUGGCGGCCUGAUGUUCCACAAAGCUCAGGAGUUUCUGCAGCACCGAAUCCUUAACAAGAUGCCCCCUUCCUUCAGAAGAGUCGUCGAAAACGUGGAAGUCAUCACAAGGCCAAAGGACAUGGAUCCGCGCCUGAUUGCGUGGAAAGGCGGGGCCGUGCUGGCCUGUCUGGACACCACGCAGGAGCUGUGGGUCUACCAGCGGGAAUGGCAGCGCUUUGGAGUCCGCAUGCUGCGUGAGCGCGCUGCUUUCGUGUGGUGAACCCCGGGUGCGAAGUCUAGCCAGCAUUGCAGAUGAGAGCAAGCCAUGCGGCAUGGAAGACUUGGAUCUCAUUUAUUUUUCUAAUUUAUUGGUCCUUGUAUUGGGUUUUAUUGGGAGAUCUAUGAAAUUUAGCUUUCUGUUGAGAAUGUAGUAGUGUUUGUUUUAGAACUACAAACUGUACAUACGAUCAAGCACUUUGGAAUAAACUUUGUGUUCUCAACCGUC